ACAUGAGUCUUCCUGAAGUCAGCACUCUCCUGUUUCUUCUGCUGCUGCUGUUUCUGCUCAUCACCAGCUGGAGCCGAGCACAGCGGACACACGUCCCAGGUCCUUCCUUCCUGGCAGGACUGGGUCCAGUUCUGUCCUACUCCAGAUUCAUCUGGUCAGGGAUUGGAACCGCGAGCAACUACUACAACAGGAAGUACGGCAGCACCGUCCGUGUGUGGAUAAACGGGGAGGAGACCCUCAUCCUGAGUGGGUCCUCUGCUGUGUACCACGUCCUGAAGAGUGCACACUACACGUCCAGGUUCGGGAGCAAGCAGGGACUGGAGUGUGUCGGGAUGCAGGGGAGAGGCAUCAUUUUCAACAGCGACAUCCCUCUCUGGAGGAAAGUCCGGAUGUACUUUUAUAAAGCUCUAACCGGGCCCAGCAUUCAGGGGACCGUGGGAAUCUGUGUGAGCGCCACGGCCAAACACCUGGACGGCCUGCAGGACAUGACCGACGCGUCUGGACACGUGGACGCCCUCAACCUCCUGAGAGCCAUCGUGGUGGACGUGUCCAACAGGCUGUUCCUCAGGGUGCCCCUCAACGAGAAAGACCUGCUGAUGAAGAUCCACAACUACUUUGAGACCUGGCAGACGGUUCUGAUAAAGCCAGACAUAUUCUUCAAGGUGGGCUGGCUGUACGACAAGCACAAGAGAGCAGCCCAGGACCUGCAAGACGUGAUGGAGAGCCUGCUCGAAACCAAAAGAAAGAUUAUUCAUGAAACCGAGAAACUGGACGAUGAUCGUGACUUUGCAACUGAGCUCAUCUUCGCCCAAAACCACGGGGAGCUGUCUGCAGACAACGUCAGGCAGUGCGUGCUGGAGAUGGUGAUCGCUGCGCCGGACACGCUCUCCAUCAGCCUCUUCUUCAUGCUGAUGCUGCUGAAGCAGCACCCCGACGUGGAGAUGCGGAUAGUGGAGGAGAUCCACCUCGCCUCCAGUGAACACGGGAUGGAGGGCAUCGAUUACGAGGGCCUGAAGGUGCUGGAGAGUUUCAUCAAUGAGUCCAUGAGGUUUCACCCCGUGGUGGACUUCACCAUGCGGAGGGCUCUGGAGGACGACAACAUCGGCGGCACCAAAAUCAGGAAAGGGACCAACAUCAUUCUCAACAUUGGUCUCAUGCACAAGACGGAGUUCUUUCCUAAACCCGAAGAGUUCAGCCUGACUAACUUCGACGGCACAGUGCCAGCGCGCUUCUUCCAGCCCUUCGGCUGCGGCCCUCGCUCCUGCGUGGGCAAGCACAUCGCCGUGGUGAUGAUGAAGGCCAUCCUGACCACUCUGCUGUCCCGCUUCACGGUGUCCCCCCGCCAGGGCUGUACCCUCAGCAGCAUCAGGCAGACCAACAACCUGUCCCAGCAGCCCAUGGAGGACGAGGACGGCCUCGCCAUGCGCUUCAUCCCCCGAGCACCGCCACUGACGCAGCGCACCAGCUCCGGACCGUGA